AUGAACGGUCCACCCACUGGUAUGGGUGGAGGCAUGCCCGCAGGAAUAUCACAUGAAGCCCCACCGACUCCAAAGCAAGCACAAGCCAUCUUGAUAUGGACUAUCGGAGCAUUCUGCAUAUAUGGUUGGGAGUGCCUUGUCUGCCUGCCAAAGGAGUACAAGCUAAUUUGGAGACGACCAAUGAAUUUGUCUAGCGUUUUAUAUGUUGCCAAUCGAUAUUUUGGACUUGUACAGUUUGCAUUAGUUGUCACCUUGGCCACUGACGUUUGGACUCCAUCUGCCUGCAGUCAUAUAUUUCUUUUUGAGCCCAUUGGCGCCCUAAUUAGUGUCGUCCUUUCUCAAAUAGUGCUUGGAGGACGGGUAUACGCGGUUUUCUCCCAAAGUAAAUCACUGGCGCUUAUCCUUGGGACUAUCCUCGUUGUAGAAUGCGUUGUUGGCGGAAUCGCGGUCAGUAAUAUACGGCAUCCUCCAGAAAUACCAAUCAGUGCUCCUGGUCGACCACCCAAUUUCGAGCCUCCUCCAUGUGGUGCACUGGAAGGCCCUUUCAAGUGGCAGGUUACCUACUGGACAUUGCCUCUGUUUUACGACACACUGACGUUCCUCUUGACGGCAUGGAAGGCUCACUCAUUUUGGAAGGAAGAAUUAGAUACGCGUCUAUUCGAUAUCAUCUGGCGCGAUGGGCUUCUCUACUUUCUUGCAAUCUUAGCCAUGAACGUCGUGAACGUGGUGAUCUUCCUCACUGCCCCCAAUGGAAUCCGAACAGUAAACCUCCC